AUGGGGAAAGCCAUGAAUGUUUUAGUUGCUGUUAUAGCAUUGGCAGCAAUGUUACAUACAACAGAAGCUGAAGAGUACGAAUUGGCUUGGUCUAUUCCUUCUGGUGGAGCUGGCACUUAUGAGGCCUGGGCGGCCGAGCAUACCUUUGAAAUCAGUGUCGAUAGUAUAACAUUUGAGUUUCCAGCAGGAGAACAAGACCUGGCUUUAGUGACAAAGGAGGAUUUCGAUAGUUGUACCACCACACAUCCGAUUUUGGAAACAACAAAGCCAGUUAAUGUUGGGAUUGUUCAACCCGGCACAUUUUAUUUCAUCUGCACAUUUGCUGGCCAUUGCGAAAAAGGGCAGAAAAUUGCCGCUAACUGGACCAAUUCUUCGGCCGCGGCACCUGCUCCAUGUCCAAGUUCAACUGCAACCACUUACUCCGCUCUGCCACUUAAAUUUCUUUCCAAAAGAGUUAACAAGCACGGCAGCAAGAAGAAAGUGUCUCUGACCUUGGGGGGUGCCAUCUAA